GCCACUGUGGGUAGCGGCCGGCGGGCAGCAGGCCCAGACGGCAGCACCCGCUGAACGCGCACCAUGGUUCCCGGCUCGCUGCGCCCGCUGCUGAGACUCCUCGUGCUGGGGCUCGGGCUGGCGCUGCUGCGCGCUGCAGCCGGGGAGCGGAUGCCCGGCACCACCCCCUGCUCUCGCGGCAGCUCCUGGAGCGCGGACCUUGACAAGUGCAUGGACUGCGCGUCGUGCCCAGCGCGACCGCACAGCGACUUCUGCCAUGGCUGUGCUGCUGUCCCUCCAGCCUCUUUCCAGUUGCUGUGGCCCAUCUUGGGGGGCGCUCUGAGCCUAGCCCUUGUGCUAGGACUGCUUUCCGGCUUCCUGGUCUGGAGAAGGUGCCGCAGGAGAGAGAAGUUUACCACCCCCAUAGAGGAGACCGGUGGAGAGGGCUGUCCUGGCGUGGCCCUGAUCCAGUGACAGUGAGCGCCCCCUGCCAGCAGGAGGCCCCACCCACUCAUCAUUCAUUCAUUCAUUUUGGAGCCAGCCCCUGCCUACCAAAAACAGCCGGAGUUAGGCUGUUCCAACCACAGGGGUGUGGAGGGAUGCGGGAUGGGUCAAUCACUUCUCUGGGGCCUGGACCCAGACUUCAGAGGAGGCUUCCAAGGUGUCUGACUGCCCUGUCUGUGGCCCCAGCACAGACACAGAGAUCCAUGCUGGCUCCCUCGAUACCUGACACCAAGGAACUGCAACAUUUGCACAAGGGGUUCCCAACCCCCAGCCAUGGCCUGGGGGCCAGGCUGACUUAAGGGAGACACCAGACCAGGCUCCACCUCUCAGAAGUACUGAAAUUCCACCAAGGGAGUCUCAGCCUGGGGGGUUAGGGACCUGUUCCUAACACUAGAGGGCUGGCCCUCUAGGGGGCCGGCCCUCAGACACUGCCCCCCCCCAGCCCCCAAAGGGGAGAAAUAUUUAUUUUGGGGAGAACAUUUGGAGGGGAGGGAGAAUUUAUUAAUAAAAGAAUCUUUAACUUUAAA